UCUCCGUCUCCCUCCCUCCCGGUCCUCCCUCUCUAUUCUCUCCCCCCGCCCAGGAGCAGCGUGACCGCGCUCUGCAGCGCGUCCCCGGAGCCGCGGCACUGAUUAGCAAGGCAAAGUGGAGUUUUCAGCGACCGUCAGCGAGCUGCGAAGAAGGACUGCUCUUUUAAUGACAUUCACAACAACCGCGAACACGCACAGAUAAUAACAACAAAAAUUUCGGACUUGAAUUUCGAGGAGUUGUUCGGAGGCGAGCAGCGGGAGAAGAGAAGGAAAACAAAUAAAUUCAUUGGGAAUGCAGAGAAUUAAAUAGAGACGUAGGUAUUUGUGGCUCUGCAAACCCAAACCCAGAGCAGACGGGAAACAACUUGAGUCCCACUUACAAUUGACUUCAGCGGUCACGUCUGGAGUGGUAAUGUCUUGAAUUGAUGGCCUCUCCAGCUCAGUAAAGGACGUGCCAGUGCCGGCUGCUGCUAAUGGGAACUCCUGCUCCGCCAUGAGUGUUCGUGAUGGCGUUGGUGGCGUCUAUGGCAUGGGCACCCUGGGCCGGCGGUCGCGCUUCGAGAACUCUGAGUUCACUUUGCGCAUCUACCCAGGCGCCCUGGCCGAGGGCACCAUCUACUGCCCGAUCAGCGCCCGCAAGACCACCACAGCCGCCGAGGCCAUCGAACGCGUCAUUGAACGCCUGCAGCUGGACCGCACCAAGUGUUAUGUUCUGGCUGAGGUGAAGGAGUUCGGUGGGGAAGAAUGGGUGCUGAACCCCUGCGACUGUCCCGUGCAGAGGAUGAUGCUCUGGCCCCGCGUGGCGUUAGAGCACCGCCCGCAGUCCGGCGGCGAGGAUUACCGCUUCCUCCUCAGGCAGAAGAACCUGGACGGCUCGAUUCACUAUGGGGGCAGCCUACAGAUGUGGCUUCAGGUCACUGAGGAGCGCCGACGCAUGGUGGAGCGCGGACUGCUGCCACAGCCUGAUUCUCAGGGGGACCACGCAGAUCUGUGCCACCUGCCGGAGCUCAACGAGCGCUCGCUGCUGGACAACCUGCGCUCACGCUUCCGGCAGGAAAAGAUCUACACGUAUGUCGGAAGCAUCCUCAUCGUCAUUAACCCCUUCAAGUUCCUGCCCAUCUACAACCCCAAGUAUGUGAAGAUGUACGAUAAUCACGCACUGGGCAAUUUGGAGCCACAUAUUUACGCCGUGGCGGACGUGGCGUACCACGCCAUGCUGCAGAGAGAGAGAAAUCAGUGCAUUGUUAUAUCUGGGGAGAGCGGCUCUGGGAAGACGCAAAGCACGAACUUUCUCAUUCAUCACCUGACCGCUCUCAGCCAGAAGGGAUUUGCCAGUGGAGUGGAGCAGAUCAUCUUGGGGGCCGGGCCAGUGCUAGAGGCAUUUGGGAACGCAAAGACAGCCCACAAUAACAACUCGAGUCGCUUUGGCAAGUUCAUUCAGGUGAACUACCAGGAGAGCGGAACUGUGAGAGGAGCAUAUGUGGAGAAAUACCUGCUGGAGAAGUCGAGGCUGGUGUAUCAGGAGCACAAUGAGCGAAACUACCACGUGUUUUACUACCUGCUGGCAGGAGCAAGUGAAGAAGAGAGGGAGGCCUUCCACCUCAUGAAGCCUGAAGAAUACCAUUACCUCAGUCAGAUGACAAAGUCAACCAACCAACUGCACUGGGACAGUUACUGUGAGAGUGAAGGGGACUGCUUCACAGUCGAAGGAGAAGACCUGAAGCAUGACUUCGAGAGGCUUCAGCUGGCCAUGGAGAUGGUGGGCUUUCUUCCUUCCACGCGCAAAAAGAUCUUCUGCCUGCUGUCGGCCAUCCUUCACCUGGGCAACAUCCGCUACAAGAAGAAGACCUACAGGGACGACUCGAUCGACAUCUGUAACCCCGAGAUGCUGCCUGUCGUCUCCGAACUGCUGGAGGUCAAAGAAGAGAUGCUGUUUGAAGCUCUGACAACGCGGAAGACAAUCACCGUCGGAGAGAAGCUGAUCGUUCCUUACAAACUUUCCGAGGCUGGUACGGUGCGAGACUCUAUGGCGAAGUCCCUCUACAGUGCUCUGUUUGACUGGAUCGUCUUCAGGAUCAACCACGCUCUGCUCAACAUCAAGGACCUGGAGGAGACCACCAAGAUCUUGUCCAUCGGAGUGCUCGACAUUUUUGGGUUUGAGGAUUACGAGAACAACAGCUUCGAGCAGUUCUGCAUCAACUUCGCCAACGAGCGUCUCCAGCACUACUUCAACCAGCACAUCUUCAAGCUCGAACAAGAGGAAUACAGGGUAGAGGGCAUCAGCUGGCACAACAUCGACUACAUCGACAAUACGGGCUGCAUCAACCUGAUCAGCAAGAAGCCCACAGCUCUGUUCCACCUCCUGGAUGAAGAGUGCAAUUUCCCUCAAGCCACCAACCAGACGUUGUUGGAUAAAUUCAAGCGGCAGCAUGAGGGGAACAGCUACAUCGAGUUCCCUGCUGUCAUGGAGCCCGCCUUCAUCAUCCGACACUAUGCCGGCAAGGUCAAGUACGGAGUCAAGGACUUCAGGGAGAAGAACACAGACCACAUGCGUCCGGACAUCGUAGCUUUAUUGAAGAGCAGCAAGAACGCCUUCAUCUGCGGGCUGAUGGGCAUCGACCCGUCGGCCACGUUCCGCUGGGCGGUACUGCGAGCCUACUUCAGGGCCCUGGUGGCUUUCAGAGAGGCUGGGAAGAGACACACGCAGAAGAAGACCGGGCAUGAUGACGCUGCUCCCUGUGCAGUUUUGAAAAGUGUGGAUAGUUUUAGCUUUCUGCAGCACCCUGUGCAUCAGAGAAGCUUAGAGAUCCUUCAGAGAUGCAAAGAGGAGAAGCACACUCCUGAAGAGAGUGAAAAUGUUGUACAAAGUGAUGAAACAGAAAACGGCGUGCCCAGAAAGAGUCCACGUACGCCGCUGUCAGACCUUCAAGGAAGCAACACCAUCAACGAGAAAUCCCCACGGAGUUCUCCGGGCCUCGGCUGGAACGGGCGUGUGGGUCGACUGAGGUCAUCCAGCAGCUCCACCACAGAAGAAGACGGCGUCUUCGUCAACUCUGCCAGCAGCAAACUCCUCGAGAGAGCCCACGACAUCCUCAUGAGGAACAAAAACUACAAAUCUAAGCCGGUUCUUCCGAAGCAUUUACUGAACGUCAAGUCGCUGAAGUACCUCAGCAACCUGACGCUUCACGACCGCAUCACCAAGUCGCUGCUUCACCUCCACAAGAAGAAGAAACCACCCAGCAUCAGCGCACAGUUCCAGGCCUCCCUCAAUAUGCUGAUGGAGACUCUGGGUCAGUCUGAGCCGUAUUUUGUCAAGUGUAUCCGUUCCAAUGCAGACAAGCUGCCCUUAAGGUUUCAUGAUAACCUGGUGCUGAGGCAGCUGCGUUACACAGGUAUGCUGGAGACUGUGCGCAUCCGACAGUCGGGCUACAACAUCAAGUACAGCUUCAAGGAUUUUGUCCAUCACUUCAGUGUGCUGCUCCCAGAGUGCACCAGUGCCACCAGAGACGGCAUCCAGCAGAGUCUGGACCAGCUAGACCUCGAACCAGAUGGGUACCAAGUGGGAAAGACAAUGGUGUUCUUCCGGGAGGCUGAGCGUCAGCGGCUGCAGGCCGUUCUCCAUGCCGAAGUCCUCAGACGCAUCGUCGCGCUGCAGCAGCGGUUCCGAGCCCUGCUGGAGAGAAAGCAGUUUGUCAGAAUGAGAGAAGCAGCGAUCUGCAUCCAGAAAUGGUGGCGUUUGUACCGGCCCAUAGACGAGGAGGAGGAUUAUAGCCCUCAUGUCCAGGAGGGGGCAGCAUUGUGUCUGCAGACACAGUGGCGAGGUUACAGGGAGCGCCACAGGUUCAGGCUGUGGAGGGAGGCUGCUCUGGUGCUGCAGAGGGCGUGGAGGUUAUGGCUCUACCGGCGCUGCACAGCAGCUCUGGUCAUUCAGACGGCCUGGCGCUGUCAUCAAGCCAGAGACACCUACUUGCGUCUGUACGGCGCUGUGGUACAACUACAGGCAAUUAGCAGAGGCUACCUGGCCAGGCAGAGCUUCAAACAGCUGAGAGAACAGAGACUGAGGGAGGAGAAGGAGCAGCAGCAGGAGAAGCUGCUUCAACUACAGAAUGGCCAGGUGAGUCUCUCGCCAGGAGCAGAAGAGGAGCCUCCUGAGAGGAUCAUGGGGUUGGACCUCAGCACGUGGGAGGAUCGCUCCUACGAGCAGCGAGAAAGGAGCCUCCAAAUCCUGAGCAGCCAUGAGGGCUCCGUCGGAGAGGAAGGAGAAGGAAGAGAACAUGCUCGGACGAGAGAGGGCCCCUCUAAAGCGCAAACUGAAGCAUCGGACUCGAUCCAGACAUCCACCGUGGUGGUGCGAGAGAGGUCCAGAACUUUAGACGAGCCCAGCCAGAAAACCACUCGGGCCAAGAGAGAGAGCCGGCGGAUGAGAGAGUUGGAGCAGGCCAAGUUCAGCCUGGAGCUCCUCAAGGUCCGGGCGACCAGCGGUGGAGCCUCAUCCCCGUCCGAGGAACGCCGCUGGUCUGUAGAGCUGGUGGCCCCGGCGACGCCACCUCUUCGUUCACCCCAGGGCACUCCCGACAGCCAGAGCUCCAAAGGCAGCUUCGAGCUUCUCAGCAUGGAAGACGAGGCCCCCAAGGCCGUGGAAGAGGUGACAGACAGUGAGGACCUCUGCUUCCCUGUUGCUUCAGCAGCUCCAGCACCUGAGCCCAAUGUGGAGGUUGUUUCAUCGAGCCCGAGGCCACUCGAACCGCACAGGACAGAUGCAGUUGCCCACCAAGGCAGACAUCGCCAGACCAAAAUGGAUCCGGCAGCCCCCUCUGCCCCCACACAUCCGCCCAAAAUGGAGAACUACCUCCCUACCUUUUACGUCCCUGCUAGUGAGGGCAGCACAGCCGUCUCCCGUCAUCCUGCUGAAAAGCCCAAACAAAACACGGAGGCGGCCGUCUCCACCACCACUGUCACCAAGCUUCUCAAAGAGAGGCGGGAGUCAUCGCGGCGACCAGUUGUGGUGGUCAUCAGCAUGCAGAAAGAAACACCACUAAGCCAAGAGCUGAGUGAUAUUGUCCGUCCCCCUGCAGUGGUUCGGGACUCCAAGGCUCAGACGGGGGCGAAACCAGACCCGGCUCUCGUCCCUGUUUCCACCUCUGGCCCUCAGGCCGACCAGGCGGUCAUCGAGAAGCUGGUGCGACUGAACGAGGAGAAGGAGGUGAGGCAGCGUAAUCAGCAGCAGCAGAACGAGAAGGAGAUGAUGGAGCAGAUCAGACAGCAGAAAGAAGCGCUGGAGCAGCAGCGUCUUUACUUCGCUCAGUACGAGAGAGACAUGUUUGAAAAACAAAGAGGAGAAGCGCUGCACAGGAUACAGCAGAGUCGACAGGGUGGACAAGAUGUUGGUGGCGCCGCAACCUCCAGGGAGCGCCGUAGACCCAGCUCCCUGCUGAUCGAGAGAACACCAGAGCUCGCUCCUCCUGCCAGAACACAGUCGGACUCCACGGCCCCAUCAGUGCACUCUCCCCCGGGUGUGGACAUCCAGAGCACCGCCCCUCACCCGCACCUGCCCCCUCCACCUGCUUCUGUUCCCAGAGAAAGACGCAAGGAGAGCAGGCUCGUUGCUGAGGGCUGGGCGCCCAAACUCACGCUGGAGUCCAAAGAUGGAGGAGGAACCAGAGCGAGAACAGCGAACAAGAAGACACCAAGUGACCAAGGCACCACAGUUAGUUUGAAGGACAAGCCAAACAUCUUCUUCUCUCCAAAGGACAAAGUCACAUUUACAAACAGGUUUGACAGGGAAGGUCCUUCUAGAGAAACGCCUGCAGCCGUUCCCAGAGAAGCACCGUCACCCGUCGUCAAGCCCUCUAAAGGGGCAAAAACUCGGGAUGUUGGCAGAGCGGGCCAAAAAAAGAAAGCUAGAAUGGCACGCACCCGCUCCGACUUCCUCACCCGCGCCCCCACCCUCUCAGUUGGGGGCGAUUCAGACGAGGACUAUGACGACGACAGCAGCAGCCCCCGUCAUUACAGUCUGCCGCUCGCCAAACAGAGCUCCACGGAGACGGGCUUGAGAGAGUCCUGUUUCAGUGACUCUGACAUGCCUGCCAGCUCUAAGGAGCAAAAGAAGAUACAGAAAACCAUGUCUUCAGGAGAUUUGAUCAAAGAGGACUCCAUGCGUAAGAACUCUCAAGAUGGAAGUUUGAACAGGGGUCGUAGGAUGCGUUUCUGGGGCAAGACAAAGUAUGGGGAUAAGAAGACAUCCAGAGAAAAGCUGAUCUGCGGGGCUGAUUCCCCGGAUGGAGACUAUGGGGACACUGGGCCAUUGCUGGGAGAAGCAGGUCAAGAGAACAUGUCGCCCCCCUGCAGUCCUGACCUGAUUUUGGAUCGAGUGUUCAGAGACUUGAAGGAGAACAAGGAGCCGUCUCCCAAGGUGAAGCGGCGGCGCAGCGUUAAGAUCAGCAGCGUGGCUCUGGAGCCUGCUCAGUGGCAGAACGACGCGCUGCAGAUCCUCAACUGCGCCAACGACUACAGGAGCAUGAAUGACUUCCUCAUGAAGAAGAUCAACGACUUGGACACUGAGGACAGUAAGAAGGACACCAUGGUGGACGUCGUGUUUAAAAAGGCUUUGAAGGAAUUCCGUCAGAACAUCUUCAACUCUUACUCCACAGCGCUUGCGAUGGAUGAUGGUAAGAGUAUCCGCUACAAAGACCUCUACGCUCUGUUUGAGGACAUCUUGGAGAAGACCAUGCGACAGGAGCAGAGGGACUGGAGAGAGUCUCCUGUCACGGUGUGGGUCAACACCUUUAAGGUUUUCCUGGAUGAGUUCAUGACCGAGUACAAGCCUCUGGACAGCACACCCAGCAAGCAGGUACCUAAACCUGAACGCAAAAAACGGAGGAAAAAGGACACAGACAUUGUGGAGGAACAUAACGGCCACAUCUUCAAGUCCACCCAGUACAGCAUCCCCACAUACUGUGAAUACUGCUCAUCGCUCAUCUGGAUGAUGGACCGUGCCUGUGUGUGCAAACUGUGCCGGUACGCCUGCCACAGAAAGUGCUGCCAGAAGACGACCACCAAAUGCAGCAAGAAGUUUGAUCCAGAGCUUUCCUCCAGACAGUUCGGAGUGGAGGUUUCUCGUCUGACUAAUGACGAGAGGGCUGUGCCCCUGGUAGUGGAGAAGCUCAUUAACUUCAUUGAGAUGCAUGGGCUCUACACUGAAGGAAUAUACAGGAAACCUGGCUCCACUAACAAAAUUAAGGAACUUAAGCAAGGACUCGACACAGAUGUUGACAGCAUGAAUCUGGACGACUACAACAUCCACGUUAUCGCGAGUGCUUUCAAGCAGUGGCUGAGAGACCUGCCUAAUCCUCUGAUGACAUUCGAGCUGUAUGAGGAGUUUAUACGUACCAUGGCUUUGCAGGAUAAAAAGGAAACGAUCAGAGCGGUGUAUUCAGUUGUUGACCAGCUAAGCAGAACUCACCUAAGCACUCUUGAACGCCUCAUAUUUCAUCUUGUCAGGAUCGCCUUACAAGAGGAGACAAACCGUAUGUCAGCCAACGCCUUGGCUAUAGUUUUUGCUCCCUGUAUCCUGCGCUGUCCAGACACCAUUGAUCCACUGCAGAGUGUCCAGGACAUCGGCAAGACGACUGCGUGUGUAGAACUUAUCAUUUGUGAACAGAUGAAUAAGUACAAAGUUCGACUAAAGGACAUCAGCAGCCUGGAAUUUGCAGAGAAUAAGGCCAAGUGCAGACUGACCCUCAUUCGACGGUCGAUGAAACCCGUACUAAUAGCUGUUAGAUUUAUGAGCAUAGCGCUCACUGUGCAGACAAAUGCAGCUAAAAAGGGAAAAGGCCAUGUGCAGCGACUGAGCUACCACACGCCCUCGCCUCCGGUUAGUCCGCGGCUCCCAUCUGUGGCUGAACCCGUGAUAGAAAACACUGGCAGCGAAGGAGGAGAGGACUCAUUUUCCAAAAUUUCAGAGCACCAGCAGGCGGCCAUGCAGCAGGAAGAGAAAGUGCUGACAGAGCAAAUUGAAAGCCUGCAGAAAGAGAAAGAGGAGUUGACUUUUGAGAUAUUGACUCUGGAGCCACGAGCAUCGGAUGAUGAGACCCUUGAGUCGGAGGCUUCUAUUGGUACAGCCGACAGCUCUGAAAACCUCAAUGUGGACUCUGAGGGAACCAUUUCUGACUUCUCUGAGAGAGGUCCAGUAUUGACUUCCCCCUGGCCUCGGAGGUCUGACAUGACAAGCCCUCGACGCCGUGCUCUCCGCCGGCAGCCUGACUCCCUGGACUCUGUGGACUCUUGCUCCAGUGUUUCCUCCUACUCUUCCUCAUCACACUUCCACCCAUCGCCCUCUUCGUCCUCUGCCAGCACCCGGCGUUUUCGUUUCCACUCCAAGUCUUCCACCGUAGGCUCGGGUCCGGCCCAGGCUCUGAAUGUAUCUCAAGCCUCCCGAUCCGACAGCAUAGACAGUAGCCCUACAGCAGAUCAGGAAGGAGCAUAUGACGAAAGACCCCAGUUUACAAGCAGAGGCACCUUCAAUCCAGAAAAGGGCAAACAGAAACUUAAAGGGGCCAAGCACUCAACCCUGAGGCACUCCAGAGAAGGCAGUGGCCACGGCAGGGACCCUCCAGACAUACCACAGCAGCUGGUAUUGUAUGGCAGUAAUGAAUUCAUGGUAUGAAGGACACUGGGGCACCAAAGCACUCCCUAUCCAACUCCCUGGCAGGCGUAUACAUUCUCAAUGGGAAGUAACUUAAUGACCGAUCUCUGCUCCUCAAAGCACUCUUGCUUAGCCUUUCUUGAAGUCUGCAAAAAAGUGUCCCCAAGUGCCGUGUACAGUGUUGCCACCUCCAGAGGGGGGAGAUCAGUGGAAAGGCUCCUCUUCGGUAGACUAAACUGCCACCCAUGCUCUCUACAGUGCCUCGGCAGCUCUUUACUCGGCGCCAAGAGGAGACG